GACGAUGUCGGAAACAGAAAUCCAAAAAUUCUACAAGGGAUGCAAUGUGUUCAUAACGGGUGGCACUGGAUUCUUGGGGAAGAUAAUGAUCGAGAAGUUGCUUAGGUCAACAGAAAUCAACACGCUGUACCUGCUUAUUAGAGAGAAGAAAGGAAAGAAUGCACUCACCAGGAUAGACGAACUGUUCGAUGAUGAGAUCUUCGAUACACUAAAAAAAGAACGUCCAAAAUUCAAGCACCAAAUCCAAAUCAUCAGCGGCGACUGCGCCAUAGCGGGCUUGGGAGUCAGUAUAAAGGACAGGCAGACUUUGAUAUCGAACGUGAACAUCCUCUUUAAUGUUGCGGCUACAGUCAAAUUUGAUGAGAAUCUGAAAAUUGCGUAUGCCAUCAAUGUCAACAGCGCCAAAGAGGUUAUUGAGAUGGCCAAACAGAUGACCAAUUUGAAGUCACUUAUUCAUGUAUCUACAGCAUACUGCAAUUGUCCGUUAUCAGAAAUCGAUGAGAAAUUCUACGAUUUUCCUCAUUCGCAUGAAGAUAUUGAGCAGCUGCUAGAAAAACUUAGCUUCCAAGAGACUGAUGAAAUCACACCAAGAAUCCUAGGGAAGUGGCCGAACACAUAUACAUUCACUAAAGCGCUGACAGAAUCAAUGCUGAAAAAAAUAGGAGGAGGUUUGCCACUUGGUAUAUUCAGGCCAGCAAUUGUGAUAUCGACAUACAGGGAACCGGUGCCAGGCUGGAUUAACAAUCUGUAUGGGCCAACGGGCAUUGUGGCUGCAACUAUGAGCGGUGUGUUGCGCGUCAUGUCGGUGGACAUUGAUUGCAAGGCUGACAUGGUCCCAGUGGACACUUGCGUGGCUGGACUUCUCGCGUCUGCUUGGGACACCGGCUGCAAAAAGGUCGAAAGGACACCAGAAAACAUCACCAUCUACAACUACGUGACAUCGGCUCAAAAUCCAGUCACCUGGCGUGAGUUUGCAGCCGUCAACACGUUAUACGGCAAGCAGUUCUGUUCAGGGAGGUACUUCUGGCCACCUUCGUUAUAUUUCAUCGGAAGUCCCUUCUGGUAUGCGCUUGUCAGGUUGUUACUUCAUAUCAUUCCAGCCUCCAUAGUUGAUGCUUUACUUUUUCUUACUGGGAACAAGCCAAGAGCCUUGGACAUAUAUAGAAGAAUGCACAAAUUGUGUGGAGCGCUGCAAUAUUUCGUAACAAGGUCUUGGAGUUUCUCUAACAAUAACAUGUCCAACGUUUGGCAGAAAAUGAGUGAAGAGGACCGAGGGAUAUUCAACUUCAAUAUAAGGGAUGUUCACUGGAUGAACUUCUAUCAUCAUUAUACCAGGGGCAUUAGGAAAUACUUGCUCAAGGAAUCUGAAGAGCAUCUGGAGGAGGAUCGAAUAAGGAAUGAGAGGUUCAUUUUACUAAAAGAUAUCCUGAAGUACCUAAUGAUCUACGCGAUAAUCUCCACGGUUUUUAGUAUCUUGUCUAUAACAUAUCAUGCCAUUUUUUAGAAAAUAUUUUGUACAGCUUAGGUUGUUCAAUAAAGUUCUUAA